ACGCACGCGACCUCCUCCCUUCUCUUCCCAGCUCCUCGACCUCCCUCCCAGCCGCCGACUACUCCUCCUCUUCCUCCUCCUCCCCUUUCUUUCACGUGACUCCACCAUCGAUCCCCACGCUAGCCCUUCGAUGGAUCUGGGGUUGGGGCGCUCAAGGAUGGAGGUGCUCAUGGUGGAGGGAGCGAAGGACGGCCCGCAGGCGAGCUCGAGAUGGAGGCGGCCCCGUGGGAGAGGCAGUGAGUCCGGAAGCAAGGGCACGGAGGUCAACAACGAGUGCUCGGGAGAGGAGAGGAAGGCGGCACUCCAGGCAGUGGUGUUGGGCAGAGAAAGAUGCUGGCGGCGGAAGGAGCAGCUCGUCUCUUCCCCUCGUCUCACCUCAUGGAUGAAGGCGCCGGUUCCAGGAGCUCCAUGAUUGGAAAACGUCUUCCUUCAGAAUUUUGCCAAGGUGCUCCUCUCUCUUUGCUUCUUCUCUCUUCUCUGUACUUUGUUUGGGCAGUAUUUGCCAUGUCCCCUGUCAUGUUUUAUGAUGUGUUCAUGAGCUAAUUUGUUCUUAUGGUGGUUCCAUCUUUAUUUCUAUCUCACAUGAUUUUGCUGCAACGAAUUUGUUAAUGAAAUUCUGCUUAAGAGCUUUGACCUGGCCAGUGAUCUUGUCUCACAUUACAGUUUUGGAAUUUGUCAACGAAAGUCUUCUCCGUUUCGGGGAGGAGAUCGAACACACUUGUUCUAUUGAUCUGGAGGGUACAUAUACAAAGGGAACAGAGGGCGUCUGGGCCAUGAUGGUGAUCGUGGGCAGCCAUGUUUGAGAGGUUAUCACACCCCGCAGUCAUGACGUCGCGCGGAGCGACGCAGAGACUGGAACGGAAGUCAUGGAAGACGUCGGCCAGCAAUCAGAUGGCAUCAGUUAAACAAGAGGAGGCAAACACAACCAGUGAUAUCAGCGGUAGCCAAAUUACCCAUGACGAACUGUGUCGGAAGCACAACAAGCCAUUCGAGUAUAUUCAUUGCCCACACGAAGCAAGCUCAACCCGAAAGUUCAAAGGCAAGAAAAUCCAUCUAAAGCCUGGAAAGUACAUUCUCUGUGGUGAGCCUGGCAUCGACCACUUAGAUGAGUUUAGUCGCCACAUUGUGUGGGGCAACACAGUUAAGCUCUACAAUCAUAAUGUUCUUAGACUGUGAAAGAUCAUCCACAACAUCACCACGCCUGAUCGCUACUAUGUGUGCCACAUGACAGAAACAUCUGCAACAGAUAGCAAAAGAAUGUACUUUACGGUUCCCUUUUCUAUGGGUUCCUUUUUCUAUGGGUUCCCUUUUCCCACACAUGGAUGGUGAUCAGGGUGAACUGCCAAGCACUAUUGGAGAUGGAACUAUUGCUGUCACAUCCCGCUUUAUCAAGGGUGUUGACAAAAGGGCCACCAUCACUAGAGGCUGGAGCGACUUCUUCCAUCGGGCACACAUGAACAAAGGGCAAGCAUAUGCUUUUGCCUUCAAAUGCACUUCCAAGGGACUGCGCCUGAUCGUAUACUCAAUAUAAGCAAGUUGCAAGAGCCCCUUGUUAUAUUACUUAGCAUUAGUAUAGAUGCCUACCAAGACUUCUAUGUUUAUCAUCCUUUUGGAUCUUAUGUAAUCACCUAAGACAAUCAUGUGUGUUUAACUAUCGGUUAUUUGUUGCUUAGACUGUUGUGUGGUAUGCUUUUCAAACAACCAUGAUGAAAGAAAUAUAUGCUUUUGCCUUGAA